CGGCACCGGACCGGGACUGGCGCUCUGUACCCCCUGCCGCCGCCCGCUGGUCCCGGAGCCGCGAAGCAGCCUGCCCGGAGUAAGAAUCACAAAUGUCGUCAAAUGGCGUGGUGUCUGAGAGAUCUAGUAACCCAGGCAGGGUUUAUGAUGAUGCUCCAGCAUAUCAAGAUGGUACAAUGAGGACACUUGAGAGUCUUAGAGACAGUGAAUUAGCUGUGAGUGCAGAUCCUUUGCCGCCUCCACCUCUCCCCUUACAGCCACCAUUUGGCCCAGCUUUUAAUUCAAGUGACCCGGAAGAACCAGUUCUAGCUCCAGAUAUCAAACCCGUAAGGAGGUUUGUUCCAGACUCUUGGAAGAACUUCUUCAAAGGGAAAAGGAAUGAUUCAGAAUGGGACAGGCCUGCAUCUGACAUUCGGUAUAUUUCCGAUGGUGUUGAGUGUUCCCCACCAGCCUCACCAGGAAGAUCAAAUUACCCCAGUGACCAUAAAGAUACGUACAAAGAGUCCAGUGGGACUUACAGUUUACGGAAAGAGACCGAAGCGUUUCUCCCUCAGGAUUCAUAUGGAUCCCUAGGACGACACACGCAAACAGCCCUGACUUACAGCGAGAAGGUGGAAGAGUACAACCAGAGAUACUCCUACAUGAAGUCAUGGGCAGGACUGCUGAGAAUCCUCGGUGUUGUGGAGCUGCUUUUAGGGGCGGGUGUCUUUGCCUGCGUCACAGCCUAUAUACAUAAAGAUAAUGAGUGGUAUAACCUCUUUGGAUAUUCACAGCCGUAUGGCAGUAGCCUGGGCAGCAUGUAUGGAGGAUACUACUACAGUGGCCCCAAAACCCCCUUUGUACUUGUUGUUGCUGGGCUAGCUUGGAUCACAACCGUCAUUGUUCUAGUUCUCGGCAUGUCCAUGUACUAUCGAACCAUCCUUUUGGACUCUAGCUGGUGGCCCUUAACUGAGUUUGGAAUUAACGUCGCCCUCUUCAUUUUGUAUAUGUCUGCAGCCAUAGUCUAUGUCAACGACACCAACCGGGGUGGACUCUGCUAUUACCCUUUAUUUAACACACCAAUAAAUGCAUCGUUUUGCCGCGUAGAAGGAGGACAGAUAGCGGCGAUGAUAUUUUUGUUCGUCACGAUGAUCGUUUAUCUCAUUGGUGCUAUAGUUUGUCUAAAAUUAUGGAGGCAUGAAGCGGCGAGGAGACACAGAGAGUAUAUGGAGCAGCAGAGGAUAAGUGAACCCUGUAUUGCAUCUAAAAGAACAACGCAUGAAAUGCCCAGCAGUGAUGAGAAACAGCGAGACUCAGACGUUGAUUUCAAAGAAUUGAGAGCAACAAAGAUAAAACCUGAGCUGCUUAGUGCACACAUCCCAUCUGGACACAUUCCUAAACCCAUAGUGAUGCCAGAUUAUAUAGCAAAGUACCCUGCGAUUCAGUCAGAUGAUGACCGAGAACGGUAUAAAGCUGUGUUCAAAGACCAGUUUUCAGAAUAUAAAGAACUGUCUGCUGAAGUCCAAGCAGUCCUCAGAAAAUUUGAUGAGUUGGAUGCAGUGAUGAGCAAAUUGCCACAUCACUCAGAAAACAGACAGGAACAUGAAAGAAUUUCAAAAAUUCUUCAAGAAUUUAAGAAGAAAAAGAAUGAUCCUACAUUUUUGGAAAAAAAGGAGCGUUGCGAAUACUUGAAGAAUAAGCUUUCUCACAUAAAACAAAGAAUUCAGGAAUAUGAUAAAGUUAUGAAUUGGAACACACAAGAUUUUUCCUGAACCUUAUCUGAAAACUAUUUUUGUAUGGAGAUUUGUUUAAUAUUUAUUUACUGCCAUGUCUUUACCAAUUUCAUGAUACAUAUAGAAUUGGUUGCUGUUGGGAACCAGCUUUUGGCCAUUUUAAUCUGUUUGUAUGAGUGCUAAAAGGUUUGUUUCCAUUCAGAUACCUCUAAUUUCAAAUUCAGUAUGUGCCUUUAUUUAGAAUGAAUUCAUUUCUGAAGAAAAUUAUGUCAAUUUCUCUUUAGAAAGUGCCUCAGGAAAAGUGAUAUAGGAAUAGUGUCUCUAAUAGGGGAAACCACUAAAGUAUUCUUUGUAGUAUUUGUAUUGUCACACUGCUAUCCCUUGGGUUUUCCAUCCCCUAAAAAGAUGAAUUUUCAAAGUUGUAAUCUGCUUCCACGAGUGGAAGAAAUCCAAGGCAUCCUUGUUACAAAGUUCCUUAAUCAGCAAGCCCUAAGGAGCCAACCAGAAAGGUCCAAUAUUAUGAUUUCCCAUUUUAUGCUCUUAGGCCUUACUGUCAAAAACAAGAAAAUGUUCAAUAUUGAGCAGAGACAAAAACAACCUUUAAUCUAAUCUAGGGGUGAUGCCCACAAAGGGUCUAAGACCCUGUGCUCAUUGGGGCCAUGCAGAAGAUCCCUCAUGUCUGUCCUUCAGCUAGCUGGAUCCCCCCUUUCUAGCCUGAUUUCACCUAAGUCCCCUUCAUGCACUCAAGUCAAACCAGAAUAGCUGUUCUCCACAUUCAUGAAAUCUGUGCUUUCCCAUAAGACAUUCCCCUAUACCCACAAUGCGCUUCCUCCUCAUCCCUACCCUGAGAAUCCUCCUGUUUAGUGGCUGGUUUGGGGCACCAUCCCUUUUACCCUCAAGCUGAAAGUGCUUUCUCCUUCCUCCAAUAACUAGAGUACUUUUUCUGACCUUCUUUUUUGCCCCAUCAUGUCCUACCUUUUAAUUAUCUGUGCACAUGUUGUAUAUUUGUCUUUGUACAUGUCACCUUCUCCCCAUUCCCUCACCCUAUUAGAAAAUAAUUUCCUGAAGAGCAGGGUCUCUGUCUUUGUAUUCCCCCCACCUAGGACAGUGCCUUACCUAGAAUGGGUGCUUCAUAGAUGUUGAAAUCAUUGAAUAGGAAGAAUGUGUAGCACCUGGUCUUCACAAUUCAGACUGACUUCUAUCCCUAGUGGCCCUAUGGGCAUUAGGUAGCAAAGAGAAAUUUUGGGUAUGAAUAUCUUAACCCUCCCUCCCUAUACCUCCAGUAGUCUGUGAUAUCUCAAGGUCCAUAUUUUCACCUUAAUCCGGAAUCUUCCAAGUAGUAAAGGUUCUUCUGAUUCCUUUCAGACAUAUGCGUGUGUACAUCAGAAUGGAAUAACUUGCAACAAGUGAAAUUAAUGUUUCAUUUAUGAGAACUUUGACAUUCUUAGCAAAAGCACAAAAGGUGAAUCAAUUGUGGGAGCUUUUGUAAUGUUAAAAAUUGUUAUCUGACCAGUAUUGAGCAAUAACUUGAGUCCAGUGUGACCCUUCCUGCCCCGUGCACUUGGCCAUCUGUGAGUGGCCCCUUGAGAAGAGUAGGCACUGAAAAAAAUACUAGUCAAAUGGGAUUUUUUUUAUAUAGUUUAUCACUUAAGCUUAUACUUUGAAUGUUCAAGAUUACUGCUGGGGGAAAAAAAAGCACAUCUAGAAAGUGGGUUAGUUGCCCUAAAGAGUUUCCUUUUUCAUUAUUAAUAAAGUAAUCAUUGGUUAACAUUCUGUUGAAAUGUAAACUUAUUAGAUAAUAAAAUGAAGUACUAGAAAAAUUAACUUGAUAAAAAUUUGUAUUACAGUUGUAAAUAUUAACCUAAGAAAGUCUUCUAAUUUUGUAACUUUUUUUACAUGUCCAUACCUCAGGGUAUUAAAAUGUUAGUUAUCUGUUA